UAAAAAAGCUUGGCGCAAUCCAAGCCCAUGCGUUUCUGGUGACAGUGACAGAGCGGCCACAGCGAGAGUGGAUCUUACUGAGACGGAUCCCUGAAGAAAACAAAGGGAUGACGAAGCCAAAGACAUGAGGAUCCUACGGCUGAAUGACUGUGUGGAAAUCCUGAGCUUUAACCAGCGCAUCUAAGACGAGAGAUCUGCUACGAACAAACCAAAGUCCUUUAACCAAAGCCGCCCAAACCAAAGCAGCCCGAGGCCCAGCGUCAGCAUCCUGCUCUGUACAUGUUAUCACGAUGAAGCUGGAUAACGCACCAGGAGACAUGAGCUGCUGGCGGGAGCUGGAUUUUGCCCUUAACUGCACCUACAUUGUGCCGGACCAGGUGUCGGACCCGAGCUUCAACCUGCCCAAAGCUAUGACCUCCAUCCCACGUAAUCUAGCCUUCGACUACGGCGCGGACAACGAGGUGACGGGCGUUUUCAGCAAAGAAUACAUCCCUCAGGGAACCCGCUUCGGCCCCCUGCAGGGAGUCACCUACACCAAAGACAGCGUCCCCAAGCAGGCCAACAGGAAGUACUUCUGGAGGAUUUACAGCGGUGGUCAACUUCAGAACUUCCUCGAUGGCUACGACAUCCACAGGAGCAACUGGAUGCGCUACGUCAACCCGGCCCGCUCGCUCGCAGAACAGAACCUGGUGGCCUGCCAGAACGGCCGGGACAUCUACUUCUACACCAUCCGGCCCGUGGAGCCCAAGCAGGAGCUGCUGGUGUGGUACAGCCAGGAGUUUGCCCACAGGCUCUGCAGCCAGCAGGAUGACAGCAAACACAAGUACGCGAGUCCCGACGACGACCGGGAGCCGGAGUACACCAAGCAGCACCUACCUCAGCACACCUGGCUCCGGGAGAGGACCAAGGAGGAGGUGAAGGAGGAGAAGGAGGACGAAGGAGAGGAGCGGAUCGACGUGGAGGUGCUGGAGCGCGACACUCCCCCCGACACGCCCGACGACCAGAUCAUGGACUUCAGCAAAAAGCCGGAGAAGGAGGAGAAGGGCGACGCGGAGCCCGAGGGCCGGAGGACGUUCCCCUCGCCUCCGCCUGAACACAGAGAGCCCAGCUUGGGGCUGAGCCACCCAUAUGUACCGGAACACUACUCCAUGCUCCCAUCUCCGCACAGAAACCUGCCGCUCCACCUGCACGGCCUCUACGGGCACAGGGAAGGCCUGGUGUCGUCCUACCCCCUUUACCCUCAGUCCAGACCCCUCCAGGCGCCCUACCCGCUUCUACCCCCCUACAACCCCCACUAUCCUCGCCUGCUCCUCCCCUCAUACUCUCCUCCCUUCCCCAGCAUGCUGCCAUCAAGAGGGGCCCUUCCAUACAGCAGCUACCUGGGCACGGAUGGGCUCCCCUACCCGCCCAUGGCCUCACCCAACCUUCUCCCAGUGUCCCUCCCCUACCCACCAGCUCCGCAAGGAGGUCUGAAGGAGCUCACGCCAAACAUAUCGCCUCCUCGCGGCGCCCCGGCCACCCCGGAGCUCUCCCCCCUCCCAAAGAGCACCAGCCAGCAGCAGUCCCCCGCGCAGCCCCCCUCCGGCGGCGAGGAGGCCAUGAACCUGAGCCUGGCCACAACCAAAAGCAGCACGGCGCCACGCAACGGCCCCGGGCACAAGUCCCUGCCCUACCCGCUCAAGAAGCAGAACGGGAAGAUCAAGUACGAAUGUAACAUCUGCUCCAAGACCUUCGGACAGCUUUCCAACCUCAAGGUGCAUCUGCGCGUGCACAGCGGCGAGAGGCCUUUCCAGUGCAACCUGUGCAAGAAGAGCUUCACUCAGCUGGCCCACCUCCAGAAACACCACCUGGUCCACACGGGCGAGAAGCCGCACGAAUGCCAGGUGUGUCACAAACGCUUCAGCAGCACCAGCAACCUGAAAACGCACCUGCGGCUGCACUCGGGCGAGAAGCCGUACCAGUGCAAGCUGUGCAGCACCAAGUUCACCCAGUACAUCCACCUCAAGCUCCACCGGCGCCUCCACAGCAGCCGCGAUCGGCCCUACUGCUGCCAUCUGUGCGCCCAGGCCUUCUUCCACCGCUUCUCCCUGCGCAUCCACCAGUGCAGCUGCUGCCCGGCCGCCUCCGGCGCCCCCGUCAACGCCCACGUCAAGGAGAUGGUGGACCAGUUCGACGCCAGCCAGGAGGCCGACACCCUCGCGGAGACGGCGCCGGCGCCGCAGGUGGAGGAGGCCAUGGAGCACUGGCUGGCUCGCACCCUGGAGGGCGAGGGCAAGGAGGACCAGAGGGAGGCCACCGCGCUGCUGAAGGCCCUGACGGCGGCCAUCAACGCACCGGCCACGCCCGCGGCCCCGGCGGCCGCGCCCCCGCACCCGCCGCUGGCCUAUCAGGAGAGGGCGAGCGUGGUCCACCUCCACACACGGGCCGCGGUGAAGACGGAGGGCGACUGAGGGGGAGCGCCACAAAUGAACAUACAGCUUAUCAGCAACCAAGAAAACAGACGUCGCCAAAUAAGCUGCCCUGCGCUGUCGGCGCGGCGCAGCAGGGAACAAAGACUGUCACAGUCCAACGAGCGCAGCACCAAAAUAAGAGCAUUCCAAAGACGGGGCCUACUCAGUGAUCGCGCCUCCUUCAAAAUAAAAGAGGGAGCUGCUGUGAAUUUUAAACUCUUUUCACUCAGGUAGAGAAGUGUUGCUUUUUGUGCUUUAACUUAUUACUUGUUUUGAAACGUGAGUCUAUAUUUAUUAGUUGCAUCAUAGUGUGUUUUUUUUUCAUCGUAGCGUGUUGAUGUUUCAAUCAAUCAGCAAACGGACUCAGGAAAAUAUUAGCACAGACGUAGAGACAGCUUCCUGCCCCUCAGCUGUGAAACUAUUUUAUUUAUUUAUGCUUUAAAAUGGGGGGAAACACGAAUCUUGAAGCUGUGCGUUAACGAGCCAUUGUUUUAAAAAGUUACAAUCAAAGUACAUGAAUGUGUUGCACUGUUCCUGGAUCAGCAAAAAGGAAAGAGAUUCUGCCGAAGCAUUAGUUUUGUGGGUUUAUUUUUCGAUCAUCCAGAAUCGUCACAAUCAGAUGUGAACAAAAAUGCCUUGUAUUUAAAUUUCACUCGUGUCGUUUGUUUUGCUGCGCACCAAUAUUUCAGCUGUUUCUUCACAAGAGCUUUACUGAAAACUUCACCUAAUUAAAACAUUGGUACCUCAUUUUUAGCCGUAGAUGAUGCUGGACCAGAAGGAAGGAACCUUUGGAGACUGUACUACUGAGACACUGUGUUCUACUUUUGUCACGUUGUAGUUUUUGUACAAUCGUUUGUUUGUGUAGCUUAUUUUUUUGGAAACAGGUAACGUAAUGUUAAGAUUUUAUAUGUAAGAGACUAUUUUGAUGAAACUUUUAUAUGAACAUGAUGUAGCAUAUUAAAGAUAUUGUUUCUAUAA